AUGGAGCAGAAGAAUGUUUUGCUGUCAGCAUUAGGUAUUGGGUUUUGGUUUUGGAGCAGGGCUUGGAUUCAGUUCAGGCUUGGAGGGAAUUCUGAUGAAGAAGAAGAUCUCUGGAAUGAGCACGUUAAGCAAGAACUUAUGAGGCAGGUUAUUGAUGGGAAGGAAUGCAAAGAAACUUUCCAAGACUUUCCUUAUUACUUAAGUGAAAGUAGUCGGCAGUUAUUGAUGAGUGCUGCAUUUGUUCAUCUAAAACAACUUAUCUUCUCUAGACACAUCCGGAACCUUCCACAAACAAGCAGGGCAAUCUUACUUUCUGGUCCAACAGAACUUUACCUGCAAACAAUUGCCAAGGCUUUAGCACAUCAUUUUGAAUCAAAGUUGCUGCUACUAGAUAUUGCUGACUUCUCUUUCAAGGUGAGGAGAAAAUAUGGAUGUGCAAGAAAAGAAUCAUCUUCUAAAAGGUCCUUAUCUGAGGUGGCUUCCAAGAGAUUGGCCAGUCUGUUUCGUUCCUCUUCGACUAGUGAAGCUGAAGAUCCCCCCAAGAACAAAAGUGACAUGUGCAUGGAUGAAGAAUUCUUCAUGCAGUUGCUUUAUAAGGUUUUGGUUUCUGUCUCAGAAAAAAGUUCCAUCAUAUUAUACAUCAGGGAUGUUGAGAGGAUUUUCCUAGAAUCAGAACAUUUGUAUAAGUUGUUUCAAGAAAUUCAGAAACUUUCAGGGCCAAUUUUGAUACUUGGUUCCCAAAUAACUGAUGUUGAAGAAUGGUCGACAGAUGAAUUGCUGGGAAAUGGGUGCUUACCAGAUGAAUUGCUGGGAAAUGAGUGGUUACCAUGUUUUGUUCCACCACCAGAAGUUGGUGCAGAAGUUGAUGAAAGGCUCGCUGCAUUCGCUGCAUUAUUCCCUUACAAUAUUCAGAUCAAACCUCCUAAAGAUGAGCAUAAUCUUCAAAACUGGAAAACCCAACUAGAGGGUGACAAGAAAACAAUUCAGUCUCAAGAUAACCAAAACCACAUUGCUAAAGUACUAGCAGAAAUGGAUGUUGAAUGUAAAGACUUGAAUUCAAUCACCCACGAGGAUACAGAAGUCCUAAGCAAACAUAUUGAAGACAUUGUGGUAUCUGCAGUAUCUUACUACUUGAUGAAUACCAAGGACCCAGAAUAUCAUAAUGGAAAGCUUGUAAUAUCAUCUGAAAGAUCUUGGGAAUUUACAGUUUGUGCCACAGUUUGGGUCUAUUCGCAAAGCAAUAUUGUCAAUGAUACUCAGAAGACAGAGACUGUCAAUCAUACUCAGAAGACAGAGACUGAUGGAAAGAAAGAAGUUCCUCCGGACAAUAAUUAUGAAGCGAACAUGAGAUCAGAGCUUAUCCCUGCAAAUCAGAUAGGAGUUACAUUCGCAGAUAUUGGUGCAUUAGAGGAAGUUAAGGAAUCACUCCAAGAGCUAAUCAUGCUUCCACUUCGAAGACCAGAGCUCUUCAAAGGUGGACUUCUUAAGCCUUGUCGAGGUAUUCUACUUUUCGGACCUCCAGGAACCGGCAAAACAAUGCUUGCAAAGGCAAUUGCACAUGAGGCAGGAGCAAGUUUCAUCAAUGUCCCAAUGUCUGCCAUCACAUCAAUGUGGUAUGGAGAAGCUGAGAAGAAUGUCCGAGCUAUCUUCACACUGGCUGCAAAGGUUUCUCCAACUAUUAUUUUUAUUGAUGAGGUUGAUAGCUUGCUUGGGCAAAGAGCAAGAUGCGGAGAGCAUGAGGCAACGAGGAGGAUUAAGAAUGAAUUCAUGACCCAUUGGGAUGGCCUGUUGACAAAACAAGAUGAGAGAAUUCUAGUUCUUGCCGCAACCAACAGGCCAUUUGACCUUGAUGAUGCAAUCAUAAGACGGUUUCAGCGAAGAUUCAUGGUUGGUCUUCCAUCUGUUGAGACUAGGGAGAUUAUCUUGAAAACCAUGCUAGCCAAGGAAAAUACUGAAAAGUUAGACUUCAAAGAGCUUGCAAUC